AUGCAAACUUCGGAAUUACUUACUAUUAAUUUUCCGAAAGCCUCAAGUCGAAAGGCUUCCAUCGUAUCCUCAAGUGCUCCUCCAAGUCCUCAUUUUAUUCAAAAUAAUUUGAGUCAUGACUUAAAUGAUAUUUUACGAGGUUUUGUUGAUGAAUUAUGUGAAAUUUUUAUUGAAGCAAGGCAACGUGGUAAACCUGAUACAACCACUUGUAAACUUUUUACCGAUUAUUUAAAAUCACAAAAUCAGAAUGUAGAACAAAUUUUUGAAUGUCUUUUAAACAAUACACAUAGACCUGAAUACACUGCCCUUUUAGGUUACUUUUAUUCUAAAGGAAUAGGAACAAAACCUAGUUUUCGUAAAGCUUAUAGUUUAUAUCUUUCUGAAGCUAAAAAAGAUUUCUUCAUAGCUCAAGAUUUAGUUGGUGAUUGUUACUAUUUGGGUCGUGGAACAAUUAAAGAUUGUAGAAUGGCUUUUGAAUGGUAUCAAAAGGCCGCCGACAAUGGAAGUAUUGGUGCGCUUACAAGUUUAGGAAUUUGUUAUUAUUUAGGUGAAGCUGCUAAUGACAGUUAUAAAGCGACAAACAGACGAACUAAACAAACUCAAAAUAAAAAUAAAUUACCCUCAAAAAAUGUUAAAAAAGAGCCUUCCGGUAGAAGCAAGCCUGCUAAUGGUGUUAAUACAGAGCCUUCAAUCAAAAAUAAAUCAUCACCAAAAAAUGUUAAUUCACAUAAGUCACCUUCAGAACCUUCAAAUAAUGUCAAUUCAUAUGAACAUUCAGAACCUUCAGUCGAAGAUAUUUUAUCAAAUAGUGUUCAUGAACUUUCUUCAAAAUCAGAGGCUAUCGAUUUAGGUAAACCUUAUGUAGAAAUCGAUUUACCUGAAUCUCCUGAAGAUUCUUUUGAUGCUAUUAUUCCAGAUCCUUCUGACGAACAUUCUCUUGAAGAAUCUGAAAUUAUCAUUCCAGAACCUUCUGCAGAAAGCAAUUUACCAGAAGAAACUACUGUUUCAUAUGAAUCUUCAUUAGAAUUUGUUGAUAUAUACGAAUCUUCUGAACAAUUUUCUGAAAAUAUUAUUCCAGAGCCCUCUAUUGAAAGCGAUAUACCGUUAGAAAUUACUGAUCCUCCUGUGGAAUCUUUUGAACAAUCUUCUGAAACUAUUAUUCCAGAGCCAUCUAUUGAAAGUGAUAUACCAUCGGAAACUACUGAUCUCCCUGUAGAAUCUUCUGAAAGUAUUAUUCCAGAAACCUCAAUUGAAAGCAAUACACCAUUAGAAACUACGGAUCCAUCCGUGGAAUCUUUUGAAAUUAUCAAUAAAGGUAAAAAUGAAACUACUGAACCACAUGAAUGUCCUCCCGUGGAACUUUCUGAAAUCGCUAAUCAAGAACCAGAGUUGUCUAUGGAAAGCAAUUCAUCACCAGAGUUGUCUAUAGAAAGCAAUUCAUCACCAGAAAAUGCUAUGAUACAAGAAUCCUCUCCUAAGCCUCUUAAAAUUGUUGAUAAAGUUUCUAGCGUUGAUACAAAACCUAGUGUUCCCACCAAGAAAAAACGUAAGAGAUGUUCAAAAUUGGAACAAGUAGAAAAACGUAUAAACAGACGAAUUAAAUGGUAUAAAAAGAAUCUUUAUGAUGAAGUUAAUUAUGAAUUAUUGGAUGAUUUUCCUGCUUGGUUACGCGGUUGCGAAAUGGACAAAUAUGCUCCUUUAUUUGAGGGAAAACGAUGGCAAGAUAUUGUAAAAAUGAAAUAUAAAGAUUUAAAAGAAUUGGGAAUUGACCAUCAUGAAUCAGCAUGGCAAUUACAAUCGAAUUUUUGGAUUAUUAACUGUGAUCUUGCUGCAAAGAAAGGAAAAACAUUACCUUAUAAAGGAGGCGUUGAUAGAAUAAAUAUUGAUUUGGAAUUAUUGAAUGAUUUUCCUGAAUACCUUAAAACUAUUGGUAUGGAACAAUAUGCGCCCCUGUUUGCAGGAAAGAAUUGGAAAGAAAUUAUUGAUAUGGAUCAUAAAGAUUUGAAAGCUUUAAAGAUCGAAUCUGUCAAUCCAAAGGAAGAUCUAAAGGAUGAUCCAAAAGAAGAUCUAAAGGAAGAUCCGAAGGAAGAUCCAAAAGAAGAAGUUGUUCAAUUAAAUGA